CGUGGCUGCCUCAAGUACACAUGGCGCGUUUUCCAAGAGAAGAAAGGGAGAAAGAGAUCUUCGUUUAUGGUGAUAAAUCGAGAGCCGAAGAAUGGGACCCGGAAUGUGGAGCUUGUUUACUUUGUUCGGUCUGUCGCUCUGGAGCGACGGCGACGGCCUCGUCAGGAAGCCGUUCGUCUCGCGGCCGCGGAGAGCAGCGGAGGCCGACGGGGAAAAAAACUCCAAGUGCUCGUACACCUUCCUGGUUCCCGAGCAGAAGAUCACGGGCCCCAUCUGCGCCGCCAGAGGUCCCGUCCCCGACAAAGACCGAGUGACUCGCCUCGACGUGGCGGCGGUGCGAGACCUGAUGUCCAAGCAGAGGCGGGAAAUGGAGACCCUGAAGCUGGUGGUGGACGUGGACGGGAACCUGGUGAACGAGAUGAAGCUGCUGAGAAAAGAGAGCAGGAACAUGAACUCCAGGGUGACGCAGCUCUACAUGCAGCUGCUGCACGAAAUCAUCAGGAAGAGGGACAACUCACUGGAGCUGGCUCAGCUGGAGACGCGCAUCCUGAACGCCACCGCCGAGUCGCUGCGGCUGUCCUCGCGUUACAAGGAGCUGGAGGCCAAAUACGCCGCCCUGUCGGCGAUGGUCAACAACCAGUCGGCGGUGAUCGGAGCUCUGGAGGAGACUUGUAUGACGAUGCAGGAGCGUAGGGAGGAGGAGGAGCCGCCGCCGCCGCCGCCGAUGGUGCACGUGGUGCCCGAGAAUAUUCCGGUCAACGUGCCGCGUUUCACCAACGAGAUACGAGGGGAUAACAGCGGGGGCUUCGCCCGCGAAAGGGGGUCCCGCUCCGGGCCGUCGCCGACCGGCGGCACCCUGGAAGUCCAGAAACCUCCUCAAACAAACUUCAGUGCUGAAGGUCCCUUCCGAGACUGUCUGGAAGCGCAAGAGGCCGGCCACGUCGCCAGCGGCAUGUACCUGAUCGAACCGGACGAGUCGGAGCGGUCCCUGCAGGUCUGGUGCGAGCAGGAUAUGGACAACGGAGGCUGGACCGUGAUUCUGAGCAGGAAAGACGGCUCUGUGAACUUCUUCAGGAACUGGGAAAAUUACAAGAGCGGCUUCGGCAACAGCGACGGCGAGUACUGGCUGGGCCUGGAGGGCAUUUACAAGCUGGGACGUCAGGGCGACUACAAGCUGCAGGUGGAGCUGGAGGACUGGAUGGACAAGAAGGUCUACGCUCAGUACAGCAGCUUCCACCUGGAGCCCGAGAGCGAGGGCUACCGCCUACGGUUGGGCACCUAUCGGGGCAACGCCGGCGACUCGCUCAGCAGCCACAACGGCAAGCAGUUCACCACUCUGGAUCGAGACAAGGACGCUUUCUCAGGCAACUGCGCCCAUUUCCACAAAGGAGGUUGGUGGUACAACGCUUGCGGCCAAUCCAAUCUCAACGGCGUGUGGUACAGCGGCGGAGUCUACAGAAGCAAAUUCCAGGACGGGAUCUUCUGGGCCGACUACGGCGGCGGCUUCUACUCCAUGAAGUCGGUCCGCCUGAUGAUCCGUCCCAUUGACGGAUGAGACGCUGGACGGCGCUGGUCCGCACUCCAAACUCGAACCUCGUUUGAAAGCGCGACGGCGGACGCCGACGUUCCGCCCUUUCGCAGUCAGGACUGUUCUGUUUAUAUGUACAUGCAUAUCAUUACAGGAACAAAUUGGGAGAUUAGUGGCGUAUUUAUAGGCCGUAUCGUCGCUUUAACCAAUAGGAAAAUGAAGAAGCGCAGGUGCGGGUCAACCGAAUGCUACGCAAUGCGUCUGGCUAAUUGGACAAGUACUAAAACGUUUUCCUUUCCCUUCUCCCCGCUCCGUCCAAACAGGAGCUGUGAGGAUUCCGCUCUUAAUGCAGCUCUUCCUACCUCACGUUUUAGCUCUGGAACUUGUGCCGCACUUCCUGGAAACUGGAAAAAGGGAUUUUGGACUCCGAAAUCAUACGUUUAACCGCUUUGGGCAAAAACUAGGAUUUAUACGGCCUGUACAACGAAAUUUUUUAUCGGAGUGAAAGGGGCCUGGUGUCCUAGCAAUCGUUUUGUGUACUUUCCUCACACAUGGACCCGCGUCGCUUGUUCUGUUCAUCCGACCUUUGAUUUCGGUAAGACACCCGGAGCAGCGACUGUGGAAUUUGAUGUCGUCUGGCAGCCUUUUAAGAGUUAUCGGCACUUAGACAAAAAAAAACGAGAAGCACAUUUCAUGAAGCCAGACAGAAAAGGAGCGGGGGGGGCGUCUUGGGACGGAAUCGGGUGGAAAGUUAUUCCCCACUCGGCUCCUUGUAAAUACAUGCAGACAUUGACAUUCUUUCCACGCAGAACUGCUUGAACUGUACGUUUUCUUCCAUCGACUAAUUCACGGGUCAGUCCAGGCGGCGAGCGCCGAUAUGAAAGUCAAGUUUGAAUCGUCCUUGGAGGAAAGCAGCGUUUGCUUCUGGUUGUUUGGCUUUCGGGUCAAACGUGGCAGGCAAAUUCGAAGCUACUUUGGCGCAAGGCGCUCGUCCGUAACUCGGCGGUUUCCCGUCGAUCAAACGCUCGCCCCCUGCGCCGUUACGUCAGGGAGACUUCACGUGUUUCGCUUUGUGGAGACCGCGUGCGCGUUCCGAGCUUAUCGUCGCAACGUGAAUCGUGCGGACAAGCGGUUCUGUUCAGUCUCGGGGAAGAAACGGAUCGUCUUCAGGGAAAGGAAAUUGGGAGUCGGAGCGUUCCGUACUUGACGUGAUCGGAAAGCAGAGUUCGGUUCCGCGCUGGCGGUCGCAAGAACGCAUUUCACGAGGACGUUUGGUUUCGAGCGCUCACACUUUUUGGCGGAUGACCGGAAAACGAGCCAGUCAUCGCUUCACGUCUGACUCAUAACCACAAUCAGUGAUGACUUUUUCUUGAAAUAUUCAUUACAUCAUUUGAGUUUUUUGCCAGACUCAUUUUACAAACAGAAACUGUUAGUUUUGGUUGUUUCAUUAUUAGUAUAAUAUUUUUUUUUCUGCUGGAAGCAACACGUCAUAGUUGCAAAAAGACCCGAAGAAGUAAAUAAAUUCCGAGAAUAUAUAUUCACCAAUUUGUUCUCGUCAUUUGCAGCUCAAAGAUUCCAUUCACUGAUUUCAUUAAAUUCAUUUGAACCUCAAAUUUGGGACAAACAUUUGCGUUGAACUCCUAUUUUAGAAUGUAAUGGAGAACUAUUGGCGGCACGGUGGAGUGGCUGGAAAGCCUUGGCCUCACACUUCUGAGGACCCGGGUUUGAUCCCGGCCCCGCCUGUGCGGAGUUUAGAUGUUCUCCCCGUGCCUGUGUGGGUUUUCCCCGGGCACUCCGGUUUCCUCCUACCUCCCAAAAACAUGCAACAUUAAUUGGACCCUCGAAAUUGUCCCCAGGUGGGCUGUUUGUCUCGACGUGCCCUGCGAUUGGCUGGCGACCAGUUCAGGGUCUGGCCUGUUGAGAGUUGGGAUAGGCUCCAGCACUCCCCUUGUGAGCAUAGGUGGCUAAGAAAAUGGAUGGAUGGAUGGAUUGAUGAACAAUUUCAUUUUCCGCAUCAUCUAUUCAGCUUUUAUUCAAACCAAUUUUACACUUAUGUUGUUGGAUAAAAAGACAAUAAACUUGAUUUGUUUGAAAUAAAAACGGGAGCAUCUAAAAUCACGGGGAAUCCUUUUUAUGGCUUUCACUUCCCCAAAAACGUGUUUAGCAGCCCGACGUCGUCACAGGAGCUGCAAAAAGGUCGCAGGGGGAACAAUUUGGUGGAAGGCGCUUCCGAUGAAGCCGUUCGGAAAGCGUUGACUCAAUUCCGACAUUUCCCCAGCAAAGCGGCUUCAUCCCAGAAGAUUUGUGUGCCGUAAAAGUGACUCGGCGGCUCACCAACGCUAAAGUUUGUGUCAGCACCAGACAGGAUGCGAAGCCGUUUGGACUGAAAAUAAGCACCGUGACCAAUUUAUGGCCGCACCGGAGCGGCUCGAGCCGAAGAACGUUCCUUCUUAUUUGCUCCUUUGAUUUAAAGUUAACCAGACGCUUGUUUCAAAUGAAUAAUCAUUUGAAAGGAUCUGCGAAGGCUCAGCCCGCCACGGACUGAUGCAGUUUCCACUCCGAGUUUGUACAAGUGAUUUUUCUUCCCCCCCCCCGCGUUGCCGUGAAACUCGAAGGCGAGUGCUGAGAUCGGGAAAAUGAGAUUUAUUGAACGGGGGCUCCUUUAAUUGUAGGGUUCCGUUCCCCCGGCAACGAAUACAAAAUGACUCCAAACAAACAAAAAGGAACAACAUCGGCUCCUUGAGUUUCAGCAGCUUAAUAGCAGCCACAUGCAAUCAAACACGUCUGCGAGUGACCAGAUCGUCACAUAGUUUCCACCGUUGCACAACCCGAAGGGCUGAGUCAUUGCUUUUCUUUCUUUCUGUCUUUCUUUCUCUCUUAACAUCAUCGCGCAGUCAACACAACACUGUAAAGUCAGCAUUACCGCGCAAUCAGAGGACAAUACACAAAAUAACCACAAUACGACAAAUACGUUUGUGGGAGCUGGAAGGUCGAUUCCGGACUUUGCAUCAGAGUCAGAAAGUCGAGCGAAGGCUUCGCAAGGACCGACCAAAACAUCACUCUGACAUUUCCAUUCGUUAUUCACGAGAGCCACUUGGGAGAUUGGCAAACAUAACAAAAACAUUUUCUUCGGGAGAUUUUUAACAAAGGUUCGUGCAAAGCUCGUCACGUUUUUUUAUACAAAACCUGCACUCGUGGGAUGAGCUAUGCAACCGCGUACGUGUACAAUUUGCAAAGUAUUCUAUGCCAAACAAAUGAAUUAUCAAAUGCU